CUCCGAGAUCUACAUCAGAUUCAGUCUUAAUUUAAACAGUUUUAAGUUUGUGUGUGUGUGUGGGUGUUUACAAUCUAACCUGUAAAAACAUUUACAUAAAUAAAUUGGAAGCUAACACUCAGUGUGUGUGUGUGUGUCGCCUGUGGAUUAGAUGAGAUUAAAGUAAAUCAGAUUAGAGCUCACAUGCUCACACUGCGAGCUGCUCCACUUCACACAGCGCUUCACCAACUCUUUAUUAUCUACACAGAACUCCAGAUCCGGACUCCUCUCAGCACUGAGGUGUGUUACACCCACACAGUGACCCCCUCUAGGGGUAAAUCUGGGCAGAAAUGAAGACCAGCGGUCAGAUUCGUCUUCUUCUGUGGAAGAACUGGACACUGCGCAAGAGACAGAAAAUUCGUUUCUUGGUGGAGAUCCUGUGGCCAGUCUUCCUGUUUGCUGGACUUGUGUGGCUCAGGAGAGCGAAUCCUCUUUAUCAACAACACGAGUGUCAUUUUCCCAACAAGGCCAUGCCUUCAGCCGGAAUUCUGCCCUGGAUUCAGGGAAUUUUCUGUAACGUUAACAAUCCAUGCUUCCGUUCUGCAACUCCAGGAGAAUCUCCAGGAAUUGUCUCCAACUACAACAACUCCAUACUGGCUCGGUUCUACUCGGACGCUCAGGAGCUGCUGGUCAGUGACAUUGAGGUCCAGCAGCUGCGGCGUCUCUGGCAGGAAGCGUCUGAUUUCAGUAACUUCAUGGACACACUGAGGAAAGAUCCGGCUCGAGCGACAGGGAAAGGACUAAAGAUCGAGGACAUCCUGAAAGACGAUGAGACUCUGACCUCGUUUCUGCUGAGGGACGCCGGUCUGUCCGACUCUGUGGUCCAUCAGCUCACCAACGCUCGAGUGCGGGUCGAACAGUUUGUGUAUGGAGUACCUGAUCUGACCCUACAGGAGAUCGCCUGUAGUCAGGUUCUCCUGGAGCGCUUCAUCAUCUUCCCGAGUCGGCGUGGGGUUCAUGGUGUUCAGAAUGCCAUGUGCGCUCUCACACCUCAGAAACUGCAGAAGAUUGAAGACAAACUUUAUGCCAACAUCGACUUCUUUAAACUCUUCAGACUGUUGCCAAUGAUAUUGGAUAAUCACUCUAAUGGAGUCGAUCUGCACUUCUGGGGGCGUGUUCUCUCUGCUGUGUCUGAGAAGCUGCAACAGUUAUUGACCAGGCCGAGUUCUAGAGCCCUUUCUGUGGUUCUGCGGCGUGUGUUUGAGGACAGCACUCCCUUGUCCUUCACUCAGCUCAUCUCUCUGGUGUCUGAUCUGUUCUGUGGGUACGCUUCAGAGGGAAAUUCUCGGGUUCUUUCAUUCAACUGGUACGAAGACAACAACUUCAGAGUUUUCCUGGGAAUAAACACCACACACACACACGGAGAAUACACGUAUGACCACAUGGCCUCUCCAUUUUGUAAUGCAUUGAUGCAGAAUCUGGAGUCGAAUCCUGUCACUAAAAUCAUGUGGAAUUCAGUGAAGCCUCUUGUGAUGGGUAAAAUCCUCUACACACCCGACUCUCCCGCUGUACACAAGAUACUAAAGAGUGCUAACAGCACGUUUGAGGAGUUGGAGAGGUUGAUAAACAUGGCGAAGGCGUGGGAGGAAGUGGCUCCUCAAAUCUGGCAUUUCUUUCAGGACAGCAUUCAGAUGAAUAUGAUUCGGGACACACUCAGGAACCCAACAGUGAUGGAUUUUCUGGAUCGUCGUCUGGAGGAAACAGGCUUCACCACCAAACAUAUCCUCAACUUCCUCCAUGACGGUUGCUAUAGAGACCGCUAUGAGGACAUGCCCGACUUCGACUGGAGGAACGUCUUCAACCUGACUCACCAAAUCCUGCACACCUUUGUCCAGUACAGUGAGUGUGUAAACCUGGAUAAGUUUGUAGCUCAUGUGGAUGAGGAUCAGAUGAGCCAUCAGGCUCUGUACCUGCUACAGGAGAAUAAGUUCUGGGCUGGAGUGGUGUUCAUGGACGUCUACCCAUGGAGCACGGAGCUGCCGAGACACGUCACCUAUAAAAUCCGCAUGGACAUCGACGCAGUGGAGAGAACCAACAAGAUCAAGGACAGGUACUGGGACCCUGGGCCGAGGGCGGACCCCGUGGAGGACCUGCGUUAUAUAUGGGGAGGAUUUGCGUAUGUGCAGGACAUGAUAGAGCACGGCAUCCUGAAGAUCCUGAGCUCCGUUCCUCAGACACCACUCGGGGUUUACGUCCAGCAGAUGCCGUACCCCUGCUACGUGGACGACAUGUUCAUGCUGACGCUGAACCGCUGCUUCCCGAUCUUCAUGGUGCUGGCGUGGGUCUACUCUGUGUCCAUGACAGUGAAGAGCAUUGUGCUGGAGAAGGAGCUCAGGCUGAAGGAGACGCUGAAGGUCAUGGGUGUGACCAACGAGGUCAUCUGGUGCACCUGGUUUAUCGACAGUUUCCUGAUGAUGACCUUCAGCACGGCUCUGCUCACCUUCAUCAUCAUGACUGGAAAGGUGCUGAACUACAGCAAUCCCAUGAUCCUCUUCUUCUUCCUCAUGUCCUUCACCAUGGCCACCAUCAUGCAGUGUUUCCUGAUGAGCGUGUUCUUUAACAAGGCUAAUUUAGCAGCAGCCUGCAGCGGCAUCAUUUACUUCACCCUCUACCUACCCCACAUCCUGUGUUUCGCCUGGCAGGACCGCAUCACCUGCAGCAUCAAGCUCGCUGUGAGUUUGUUGUCUCCGGUGGCGUUUGGCUUUGGGACAGAAUAUUUAUCCCGCUAUGAGGAACAGGGCCUGGGGCUACAGUGGGACAAUAUCAGCACCAGUCCACUAGAGGGCGAUGAGUUCUCCUUCCUCAACUCUAUCCGCAUGAUGCUGUUUGAUUCAGUUCUGUAUGGCGUGUUGGCCUGGUACCUCGAUAACAUCUUCCCAGGUCAGUUCGGGAUCGGGAGGCCUUUCUAUUUUCCCCUCCAGUCAUCCUACUGGCAGAGUGCACAGCACCCCCAGGCUGAUGUGGCCAAUCCAGCUCCUGAAAAAUCUCUGAUAGAGAACCCAGAGAUGACGAAGGAGGAGGUACAGACUCCUGACAUCAUCACUGAGUGGUCAGUGCAGAACUGCAGCUCCACCCACAGGCCGUGCAAACACCAAGAGAAGAGGGAGAGGAUGGAGAGAGAGAGAGGGGAGAAGAUGAAGAGGAAUGAGGGAGGUCUGAAUCCUCAGGAGGAGGAGAGACAGACAGAGGGUGAGAGAAUAGGAAACCUGUUGUUUGAGGCGGAGCCUGAGGGGCUGGAGGUGGGUGUGUGUGUGAAGGAGCUUGUGAAGGUUUAUCCUGGAAGUUCACAUCCAGCUGUUAACGGUCUCAGCUUGAACUUCUAUGAAGGACAGAUCACAUCGUUUCUGGGACACAACGGAGCGGGGAAGACCACCACGCUGUCCAUUCUGACCGGUUUGUUUCCUCCAACGUCUGGCACAGCGCUCAUCAGCGGGAAGGACAUUCGCUCCGACAUGGACCAGAUCAGACAGUCUCUGGGCGUGUGUCCUCAACACAACAUCCUGUUUAACCACCUGACGGUGGAGGAACACAUCCUCUUCUACUCACUGCUGAAAGGCCGAAAGCAUAAAGAAGCUGAACAGGAAGUGCAGAACAUGCUGCAGGAUCUCGGGUUACCGCACAAACGCUGCGACGAAGCGCAAAAUCUCUCUGGUGGGAUGCAGAGGAAGCUGUCUGUUGCCAUGGCGUUUGUUGGAGGCUCUAAGGUGGUGAUUUUGGACGAGCCCACUUCAGGAGUCGACCCCUACUCCAGACGCUCCAUCUGGGAUUUACUCCUGAAGUACCGCACAGGCAGGACGGUCAUUCUCUCCACCCACCACAUGGAUGAAGCUGAUCUUCUCAGUGACCGAGUUGCAAUUAUAUCUAAAGGUCAACUGCACUGCUGCGGUUCUCCUCUCUUCCUGAAGAACUGCUUCGGUGUUGGAUUUUACCUCACGCUCGUCCGCCAGAUUAAAGACGUACGCAAGAAAGAGAAUGAGUGUGACUGUGCGUCUGAAUGCUCGUGUGUGUGUUCCACCUGCACCAGGUAUAAGGAGGAGAGUCAGGCACAGCACGUGGACAGAAGCCUGGAUGGAGAUGUGGAGAACAUCACCAGUCUGAUCCACUACCACAUUCCUGAGGCGAGGCUGAUUGAGGUGAUCGGUCAGGAGCUCACGUACCUGCUGCCCAAUAAAGGCUUUAAACACCGUUCCUACGCAAGUCUGUUCCGGGAGCUGGAGGAGACCCUCGGAGACAUGGGACUGAGCAGCUUCGGCAUUUCAGACACCUCACUGGAGGAGAUCUUCCUGAAGGUUACUGCAGACGGCGAGGCGGCUAACAGCAGCGUGAACCCAGAGCAGUGGAUGUUGCAGCGAAGAAAAAACAGCAGCAGCUUGUUGAGAGACACGGAGAAAUCUGUGGCUCCUGAAGAAGAGAACGGUGUGCAGGAGACGGGCGUGGUGACGGGUGGAGACUCGGACUGCAGAGCAGGUAAAGCCUCCAGACAGGUUAAAGGGUUCAGUCUGCUGAUGAAGCAGUUUCACGCUUUACUGGUGAAGAGGUUUCAUCAUGCCACACGAAGCUCCAAGGACUUUCUUGCUCAGAUUGUUCUGCCAGCAAGCUUUGUGCUAGUUGCUCUGUUCUUCACGCUAAUCGUUCCUCCGUUUGGGGAGUACCCGAGUCUAACGCUCACACCAUGGAUGUAUGGUCAGCAGUACACAUUCUUAAGUAACGAGCGUCCGUCACAUCCCGCCAUGAGACACUUCAUCUACACCCUGCUCAGAGACCCGGGCAUGGGGACACGCUGCAUGAAGGACCAGCCACUAGAGAAUUUGCCAUGUGGCAAUAUUACAACAGAUUGGGAAGUUCCCCCAGUUUCUCCGGUGAUCAGUAACAUCUUACUGAGCCCUGAGUGGACGGAGCGAAACCCCUCCCCUUCCUGUCAGUGCAGUACCAAUCAGAAGCUCACAAUGCUACCUGUCUGUCAAAUUGGAGCAGGAGGACUGCCUCCACGCCAGAGAAAAGAAGCGACAGGAGACAUUUUGCUGGACCUGACAGACAGGAACAUGUCGGAUUACCUGGUGAAGACGUAUCCCAGUCUCAUCAAGACCAGCCUAAAGAGUAAAUAUUGGGUGAAUGAGCAGAGGUACGGUGGUCUGUCUGUGGGAGGACAACUUCCUGUUCUGGAUGUGGAUCCUGUGAACAUACAGAAUGUCCUCCAUCAGCUUGGAAACAUGAUGAACAUCACCGGGGGUCCCUACUCCAGGAUGACUCUUAAAGAAAUCGGACUUUUCCUGCUCCACAUGGAGAGCGAAUAUAACGUGAAGGUGUGGUUUAAUAAUAAAGGCUGGCACGCCAUGGUGUCCUUCAUGAACGUAGCGAACAACGCCAUCCUGCGAGCAAGCCUGCCCUUCCACGCUGAUCCGUCUGAGUUCGGCAUCACGGUCAUCAACCAUCCGCUCAACCUGACCAAGGAGCAGCUCUCUGAUGUCACAGUGUUGACGACAUCUGUGGACGCUGUUGUGGCCAUUUGCGUGAUCUUUGCCAUGUCCUUUGUCCCUGCAAGUUUCGUCCUCUACCUCAUUCAGGAGCGAGUGACAAAGGCCAAACACCUGCAAUUCGUUAGUGGCGUCAGUCCUUUCGUUUACUGGCUCACCAACUUCUUCUGGGAUAUGGUGAAUUACUCCAUCAGCACCGCCAUGGUGGUGUCCAUCUUCAUCGCCUUUGAUAAAAAAUGCUACACAUCACCGAGCAACCUGCCAGCACUUAUCUCCCUGCUGAGCUUAUAUGGGUGGUCAGUGACUCCGAUGAUGUACCCGAUGUCGUAUGUGUUCAGCGUUCCCAGCACUGCGUACGUCUCUCUGUCCUGCAUUAAUCUGUUCAUCGGCAUCAACAGCAGCGCCAUCACCUUCAUCCUUGAGCUCUUCGAGAGCAACAGGUCUCUGCUCCUGUUUAAUGAGGGAUUAAAGAAGGUGCUGCUGAUUUUCCCUCAUUUCUGUUUGGGACGCGGCCUGAUCGACUUGGCCAUGAACCAGGCAGUGACCGACGUCUACGCCCGAUUCGGUGAGGAGAUGGUCCUGGACCCCUUCAGGUGGGACUUUGUGGGGAAAUACAUUGUGUGUAUGGUGCUGGAGGGCUUCAUCUACUUCACCUUUACUCUCCUUAUACAGUACAGAUUCUUCCUCGAUCACUGGUUAUGUGACUAUAGUCAGAUCCCAGUUCCUGAUGAAGAUGAUGAUGUUGCUCAGGAGAGACAGAGGAUCUACAGCAGGGCACGAAACAACGACAUCCUGCACAUCCGAGAUCUCACCAAGAUGUACAUGGGGAGGAAGAGACCGGCGGUGGAUCGGAUCUGCGUCGGUGUUCCACCUGGAGAGUGCUUUGGGCUGCUUGGUGUAAACGGUGCUGGGAAAACAACCACAUUUAAAAUGCUGACUGGAGACACAGAUGUGACGUCGGGCGAGGCCUCAGUAGCUGGAUUCAGUAUUCUGACGAACAUCCUGGACGUCCAUCAGAACAUGGGCUACUGUCCUCAGUUCGACGCCGUCGAUGAGCUGCUGACUGGCCGAGAGCACCUGUACCUAUAUGCUCGUCUCCGAGGAGUGCCGGAGUCCGAGAUCAGUCGAGUGGCGCAGUGGUGCGUCGAUAAAAUUGGCCUCUCAGAGUACGCAGAUCUGUGUGCUGGAACUUACAGUGGAGGAAACAAGAGGAAGCUGUCCACUGCCAUCGCCAUGAUCGGCUGCCCUCCUCUAUUGCUGCUGGACGAACCCACCAGUGGGAUGGACCCUCACUCACGCCGCUUCCUGUGGAACGCCAUCAUGAGCAUCAUCCGAGACGGAAGAGCUGUAGUUCUGACAUCACACAGUAUGGAGGAGUGUGAGGCGUUGUGUACUCGUUUAGCCAUCAUGGUAAACGGCACAUUUAAGUGUCUUGGCACAAUCCAGCAUCUCAAAUACAAGUUUGGUGAUGGUUAUGUGGUGACGAUGAAGGUCAAAGGAGCUCGAGCAGGUUCCUGUCCUGACCUCGGUCCCGCUGAAGCCUUCAUGGAGAGUAAUUUCCCGAGGUGUGUCCAGCGUGAGAAACACUACAACACCCUGCAGUAUCAUAUCUCCUCCUCAUCUCUCGCUCGAGUCUUCCAGCUGGUGGCAGAAAAUAAACACAAGCUCAACAUCGAGGAUUACUCCAUCUCUCAGACCACGCUGGACCAGGUGUUUGUGAAUUUUGCGAAGCAGCAGUCAGGUGAGGACGAUGAUGAUUAUGUCAUUCUUCAUCCCAGAGCAGCAGGAGCCAGACGAGAAGUGAAAAUCUCACCGAUUAAAACGUCUUUCACAUAAUAAUGACAUCAUCAGGACACACCACACACACCGUCUACAAACACACACACGCCACUUGCAGCUUUUAGUGAAAUAUGUUUCUCUCAUUAACACACGAGUGAGUGACUGAGUGACGGCUGAUCAUUAGAUCUGGGAUAUAAUCACGAUAACGGAGAUGAUUCCUGAUCCUGUUAUUGUGGACAAUUUAAAUAUAUUUGAUAUUGAUGAUGUCAUGAAGACUGGAGCAUGACAUCACCACAAUGACAUCAUCUGUAAAUAUGAGCUUUUAUUUUUUGCGCUUUUUUAUGUCUUUGCAUUAACCUGCUGAAGCCGUGCCUGUCUUUACACACACACACACACAUACACACACUGCUGCAGCUAUGA